AUGAUGUGGUGUAGACGGUGGUUAGGGUGUCGACAUCAGGUGAUCGUGCAAGACCCGUCGUUUCUUGAUGACAAUGAGGAGAAGAUUGUGGAUGGUGCAAUGGAGGCAGUGGUGGAAGAAAACAAGAAGGCUAUGGCCCCCGCCGCUCGAAGCGCCUCGGUCGCCGCGUCUAGAAUAGGUGUUUGCGUAACAAGCCGCAGCUCGGCAGCAUCUUCUCUCCUAAUCCAAAAGUGCGCGUGCUUCCUUGUCGCGUCUGAGGUUGAGCAGACCUACAUUAUGAUCAAACCUGACGGUGUUCAGCGUGGUCUGGUUGGAGAGAUUAUUUCUCGCUUCGAGAAGAAGGGCUUUUUGCUGAAGGGGCUGAAGCUUUUUCAGUGCCCCAAAGACUUGGCUCAGGAACAUUACAAGGAUCUGAAGGAGAGACCUUUCUUUCCCAAUUUAAUCGACUACAUAACUUCUGGACCUGUAGUCUGCAUGGCCUGGGAGGGUGAUGGUGUUGUUGCGUCAGCUCGCAAACUGAUCGGAGCUACUAACCCCCUUCAAGCUGAGCCAGGGACCAUAAGGGGUGAUCUUGCAGUUCAAACAGGAAGGAAUGUCGUCCACGGAAGUGACAGCCCUGAUAACGGCAAGCGAGAAAUCGGAUUAUGGUUCAAAGAGGGUGAGCUUGCUCAAUGGGAAUCAGUUCAAACACCCUGGCUUAUAGAGUGA